UCAGAAGUCCGUCCUUCCUCCUCCGGUACAGGGCUCCACGGCCUCCCCAUCCGCCGUAUUUGUUCUUAUGCGUUUAUUAUGGUGGACAUAGCGGCUCCGAUCUCACCUGACAGCCUCCGUGGGCGGAAAAAGCACCGGGCUCUCCGCAUCCUCUGCGUAUAAAGAAGGAGCGUUUAAUGCUGCUCGCUCACCACCUCAACAUAUUUCGUUUUAGGAGAUUUGAUAUUGGGGGUCGGAGAUAAAACAGAGUCAAAAUCAUGCAUUAAAUGCGGCGUAUUACGCUGGUGCUAAACGAUCAUUAUUUAAAGACCUUAAAAUAGAUGCUAUUAAGUAGGCUGAUCAGAGGAAAUGUUUGUUAUUAUGUAAUUUUGUGAGGUGCAGGCGUGUUUUCUGCAUGUGCGAUACGCGCCGGCCGGACGGUCCUGAUCUGCUUUUACACAACCGCUGCCGCUCCGGACCGCGCUACAGCCGGGGGUGGACUCUGAUUUACGGCUGAAUGCUGUCCUCCUGACGCCCCUGAGGAGAUGUGGGUCGAGCUGGAGGAGGUGCUGAUGGCCGGAGCCCUGUGGACUACGGAGAGGGCGAACCCCUAUUUCAUUCUGCAGCGGAGGAAGGGGCGCGGAGGCGGCGGUCUUGCAGGCCUGCUGGUUGGGACCCUCGACGUUGUUCUGGACUCCCCUGCUCGUGUAGUUCCCUACAGAAUCCUCUACCAGUCUCCGGAUUCGGUGGUUUGCUGGACCGUAGCCCACGGAGCUUCCCACAGGGAGAUCACGGCACACUGGGAUUGGUUGGAGCACAACCUCCUGCAGACGCUCUCUGUCUUCGAGAACGAAAACGACAUCACCACGUUCGUCAGGGGCAAGAUUCAGGGUAUCAUUGCUGAGUAUACGAAGAGUCCCGAUGUCAAGGAGGACGACACGGACAGCUUCAAGGAGGCCAUCAUCAAGUUCCACAAGCUGUUCGGGAUGCCAGAGGAAGAGAAGCUGGUGAAUUAUUACUCCUGCAGCUACUGGAAGAGCAAAGUGCCCAGACAAGGAAGACUGUAUCUCAGCAUCAACCACGUCUGCUUCUGCUCUCUCCUGCUGGGGAAGGAGGUGAAGCUGGUGAUCCGAUGGGCUGAUGUCACUCAGCUGGAGAGACGUGCCACCAUGCUCUUACCGGAUGUAAUCUCAGUAAGCACCAGGUCCGAGGAGCACAUCUUCAGUAUUUUUUUGAAUACCAGCGAGACCUUCCAGUUGAUGGAGCAGCUGGCCAACAUAGCCAUGAGGCAGCUGCUAGAUAACAAGAGCUUUGAGCAGGACCUCUCGCUGCCUAAGCUGAGGACCAAAACCCCCAAAAAGGUCUCUGCCCUCAAAAGGGACUUGGAUGCCAGGGCGAAGAGCGAGCGAUACCGUGCCCUGUUCAGGCUCCCCAAAAAUGAGAAGCUGGAUGGGCACACAGACUGCACUCUCUGGGUCCCCUUCAACAAGACCCACAUCCUAGGCCAGAUGUUUGUUUCCACCAACUAUAUCUGCUUUUCCAGCAAGGAGGAGACCCUGUGCAGCCUCAUCAUCCCACUCAGAGAGGUGACCGUUGUAGAGAAAGCAGACAGCUCCAGCGUCCUGCCCAGCCCUCUGUCUAUCAGCACCAAGAACAGGAUGACGUUCCUUUUUGCUAACCUCAAAGACCGCGACUUCCUAGUCCAGAGGAUCUCAGACUUUCUGCAGCAGACCACCUCCGGGAUUUACUUUGAGGAAGAGAUCACGGGGAGUUUCAGCUCAUCAGAUGACGAGGCCUACUCCCACCAGAGCAGCUUGCCAUCCUGCGGCUCUGAACCAGAAUGCGAGCGGCUCUUCAGCCUCAGCGAUGACAGCAUCCCCACCGCCAGCCAGGCCCUGAUGACAAUGUACCGGCGGAAGUCUCCAGAGGAGUUCAACCCAAAGCUGGCUAAGGAGAUCCUGAAGGAGAAAGACUGGAGGAGCCACUUUGCAGAGUAUGGCCAGGGGGUGUGCAUGUACCGCACGGAGAGGACCAAGGACCUAGUACUCAGAGGCAUCCCUGACAGCAUGCGGGGCGAGCUCUGGCUCCUCUUCUCCGGAGCCAUCAAUGAGAUGACCACCCACCCAGGCUACUAUGAGGAGUUGGUGGAGAAGUCCAUGGGGAAAUGCAGCCUGGCCACUGAGGAGAUCGAGAGGGACCUGCAUCGCUCCCUGCCCGAACACCCCGCCUUCCAGAAUGAAAUCGGCAUCUCCGCUCUCCGGAGAGUGCUCACCGCCUACGCCUUCCGCAACCCCGACAUUGGAUACUGCCAGGCCAUGAACAUUGUCACGUCUGUGUUGCUGCUGUACGCUAAGGAGGAGGAGGCUUUCUGGCUGCUGGUGGCCUUGUGUGAGCGGAUGCUGCCUGACUAUUACAACACCAGAGUUGUGGGUGCGCUGGUGGACCAGGGUGUUUUUGAGGAACUGGCCAGGGACCAUGUGCCCCAACUAUACGACUGCAUGCAGAACCUAGGUGUCAUCUCUACCAUCUCGCUGUCCUGGUUCCUCACACUAUUCCUCAGCGUCAUGCCCUUCGAGAGCGCCGUGGUGGUCGUUGACUGUUUCUUCUACGAGGGCGUCAAGGUGAUCUUCCAGCUGGCCCUGUCUGUGCUGGAGGCCAACAUUGACAGCCUCCUCAAGUGCAGAGAUGAUGGAGAGGCCAUGACAGUCCUGGGCAGGUACCUGGACAGCGUGACCAACCGAGACAGCACUAUGCCCCCGAUACCUCACCUGCACUCCCUGUUGAUAGAUGACAAGGACCCUCACCCAGAGGUGGACAUCUUCAGGCUGGUGCACAGCUCAUAUGAGAAAUUCGGCACCAUCCGGGCUGAUGCCAUUGAACAGAUGCGCUUCAAACAGCGGUUGAGGGUGAUUCAGACCAUUGAGGACACAACAAAGCGCAAUGUGAUCCGAACAAUACUGACGGAAAUGGCCUUCAGCGCUGUUGAGCUGGAGGAGCUGUAUGUCCUCUUUAAGGCAGAGUACCUGGCCACCUGCUACUGGGGUGGAACUAGCAGCCCAGCAGACAGGCAUGACCCCAGCCUGCCCUACCUGGACCAGUACCGCAUUGACCUGGAGCAGUUCACAGGCCUCUUCAAUGUACUCUUCCCCUGGGCCGGCGGUGUCCACUCUGAUGCCCUGGCUGUUCGCUUCUUCAGGCUCCUCGACUGUAAUGCUGACUCUCUCAUCAACUUCCGGGAGUUUGCCACUGGACUCAGUCUACUUUGUCAUGGGGAUCUGACCGAGAAGUUGAAGCUCCUCUAUAAGCUGCACGCUUUGCCUGAGGUGACCAACAAAUCAGAAGAACCAGACUCUGCUUUUGAGGCCACCCAGUAUUUCUUUGAAGAUCUUAACCCUGAGACCUCUCAUGGCCCUGAUUCUAGGCCAAAUAAAGAUAAGGAUGAUGGUUUUGUCAGAGUUACCUUCAAGAAUGAAAAAGUGAAGAAGCUGCAUGUUGUUGAGUGUCAGAACUUCUUAAGGCUGUGGAAUCCAGAUACCAAGUCCAAUUUGGAUGACGCGAAGGAGCUGCCAAAACUGAACCAGGGCCAGUUCAUUGAGCUCUGCAAGACCCUUUACAGCAUGUUCAGUGAGGACCCAGCUGAGCAGGAUCUGUACCAUGCAACCGCCACUGUUACCAGCUUGCUCUUGGAAAUUGGCGAGGUGAGCAAGCAGUUCUGCAGCCCCACCGCUGGAGAAGUGGCCCAGUGAGAGGAUGUCCUGUUUCAGCAGCCCAGCCAGGAGAGGCACUGUCUCCAGGAGCUGGAGUUUGGGAACCCACUAGAGGAGGUGGGGCUAGAUGACUCGUCCCCAAAGGGGGUAGGGCUGUCCUCGGUCACGCUGGUCUCUGACGACGAGGCCAAAGAUGACGCCUCUGUGUCCUCCUACUCAGUGCUGAGCUCUGGCUCCCAGGAGAUGGAGCCCAAGCUUCGCUGCGAGGACAUUGCUGAUGACACAGUGCUGGUGCGCAAAGGCCACCUCGGAGACAGCCUGCCCCAGCCCACCUUCCCGGACCGGGACUGGGCCAUCAGCUUCGAUCAGCUGCUGGCCUCCGUGCUCAACCAGCCGGCCCUGGUGUUAUACUUCGAGAAGCCUAUGGACCUCAUGGCUCGCAUCUCCAAUGCCAAGAAUAUGUGCAAAGUGGGCAGCUUUGCUUCUUCCUGUGACCACGAGCUUUCUCUUCUCUCUGGAUAGAGGCCUCACUCAGACACAAGGGGCUGCCGUGUUAGUCUCCAUCCAGCAGCUGAGAUAGGAGCAAUUUGGACAAUAAGCCACGUUGUGGUGUAUUUGCUGACCAGAGCUCUGCUUGGGUGCACGAAGAACUCGCCUGUUCCCUUCCUGUACUUCAGUAUGUCUGGGGUGUAAAAUGAAGGACUGACAUCCACACAGCUGUAAAAUAGCAGAAGAAUUUGUAUGUAUCUAAAAUCAAAAACACGUGUCAUGGAAAUGGAUUUGUGGGUAAUAUAAGCAAGAAUUAUAAGUAUUUCAAACCAUAUAAAGCAAAUUAUACUUAAUGUGUAUUUUGGGUAUUUUAACUUAUUAAUAAUGACUUAUGAUCAUCAUAUGCAAUAAAUACCGUCAUCAAUUGCCUCUUUUACAUCUUGUAUCUUCCUCCCAUGUUCAGUGUUGUUGUUAAUAUCACUUACCCAUGUUGUUUACACUGAUCUCACUGUCUGUCUGCUAUCACUAAGGUUGUGCACAUGCACUUUAAUGAUGAAGUUUUUUGUAGUAGUUAGUAUAAUCAGCAUUUUUUUUUCUCUCUUAUCACAAUUUUAUUUAUAAUUCCUUCCUGUAAUAUAAAUAAUCAGUUGUCUUUUUUAAAAAACCAACUUUAUUGUAUUAAAGGUGCUUUUCAAUUUUCCAAUGUCGGCACUUCUAUGUAUAUUGUUUCACAAUAUUUAAUUAAGGAAAGGUUAAUUAUGGAUUUUACAAUUCAUAAUUAAAUAUC